AUGUCUCGUCCGACCUCUACCGUUCGACCUUUGUCCCUGACUGAAGAGCUCGAGAAACUCGAGCAAUCUAUUACGCUAACAUUACAAGAAAUCGACCACAACUUCAGCCGAGCCCAUCGAAUUGUAACAUCGAGCAUCUUGCCAGUCGUUGAACAGUAUGUAGAACGCUCAAGUGCAGUUUGGGAAGGUUCAAAGUUUUGGAAGCAAUUCUUCGAAGCCAGCGCCAACGUGUCCCUAUCAGGGGUCGAGGAGCGAGAAGAGGAGGAGGACGCUUCUUAUACUCAAUCCCAUGGAGACAUCAGUACCUAUGCAACCUUGCAGCAAGGAGACGAUAGCGCUAGAUACCCAAGCCGUCAACACGAUGUCUAUGAUCAAACUGAUGACUCUCUGCUCGAUGAUGCCGACAUUAGUGGCAGCACACCUCGGGCUACACGUCCCAAGAGCUCUUCUUCUAAUAAGUCAAGAUUCGCAGAGUACCCUUCUCCAUACGAAGAACUAAAGCAGGAGUUGAAGGGAGGGUCUCAGUGGCAGGGUAGAGGAGACGAGACUGAGUUGCCUUCAACCCCAGGAGCCAAGUCCAGAAUUCCAGACAUGUCAAUGACGCCGAUGUCUUCCCCAUUCGACCCAACGUCGUAUCUUCAGUCUACUGCCAAUCGCAAGGCGGCAGAUCCAUUAUUGCACAGAGUUCUGGACAAGAAUUACCGCAUCCAGGCUACGCCUCAUACCAGUCGCAAGGAACAGAAGACGCCUGCAAAUAAGCCAUCAUGGCAAGACACGACUUCGCCCAUGUCAUCGCCGCCUGCAGCCGUGCCGCAGCUUCAUGCGGAGAUCUUUAGUUCUCCCUUCCGCCAGCAGUACAGCCGGCCAAAUGUGCCAAGAACUCCUGGUGUUAGUGUCCAAACUCCUGCCAAGAAACAGCUGGUUUCUGGGCCGGCGAAGAAGGAUGAGAUCAGCUGGGAGAGCGACAGCGAUGAAGAUGCGGAAGGCGUCUACAGGGAGUUAGGCAUGAGUCCGCCCAAGACUAUACAGUUCUCCUUACCACAGUCGAGACUUCUUCAAACACCAGCAAGGGAGGCCAGUAAACGUAUUGUGGAAGAUUUGCUCACUACUGCCGGGGCCGGAUUCGACGGAACAGACGAUCUGGAGGACAGCCCCAGCAUGGUGGCAGUAAAGGAUGGGCUUGAUGAUAGCUUUUGA